AUGACAUCCAUAACAAAAGACUCUCAAAUCAUCCUUGUUGGUGCAGGGGUAUUUGGUUUAUCAAAUGCCCUCCAUUUAGCCAAAAAUGGUUACAAGAACAUCACAGUUUUUGAUCGUUUAGAUAUGGAAGCGAACCACUACACUUUCUUGGAAGGUGCUGACACCGCUUCUGCCGAUAUGAACAAAGUCUUCAGAGCUCAUUAUGCUGAAAAGAAGCAUUACCAAGAUUUAGCGUUCCAAGCUUUUGAUGUGUGGCAACAAUGGAACCGUGAUAUUACUCUCCUACCACCUAACGAAGCUUCAAAAUACACAGAUUUGAAAGUGUUGGAUCUUUGUGGUAUGUUGAGAAUCGACGAUCAAGUGGGUUGGGAGGAGCAAGCUACCAUAGAAAACUACGAAAAUGAAGGUCUAGGGUCAUUGAGGUACGAUAUCAAUAACAAAGACGAUACAAAAAGAGCCAAUGCUUGUGGUCUUGGUUAUAAAAUGAAAUUUGCCCAAGACUUGAAAUCCAGGGUUCCAAAAUUAGAAGGUGCUUUAGAUUCUACUUCUGGAGUAUUAUACGCUUCUAGGGCUUGUCAAUAUGCAAAAUAUUUGUCCGAAAAGAUGGGGGUCAAGUUUGUUCUUGGAGGUCCAAAAGGUACUUUUGUUGAAUAUAUUUACAAAGAUACUGGCAAAACAGAAGUUGGCGGUAUUGUUACCCAGGAUGGAACUAAACACUAUGCUGAUUUGGUGGUGAUCAAUAGUGGUCCUUGGUCCACCUCUUUAGUCCCAGAAUUGGAUGGUAUCAAUGAAGGAACUGCUGGUAAUAUUGUCACUUUUAAAAUUCCAGAAUCUCGCAAAGACUUAAGAAUGAAGUAUUCUCCUGAGAACUUCCCAAUUAUUUGCUGGAAAACUGGCCACUCCAGAGAGCAUGAUUACUUAGCAGGUAUGUUUAUGUUUCCAAUCAUUGAGCCUGAGGGAUAUAUGAAGAUGAUCAUCAGACAAACAAAGUACACAAACCCAGUGGAGUUAGAUAAUGGAAGGGUUGUCUCAAUUCCUAAAACCGCCAACAGUAAUCCGCCUUUCAAAUACUUGACAAAACACAUUAUGAAGCAGGUGAGGGAAUGGCUAACCGUUUUCUUCCCAGAUCUCGCUAAAGCAGGACUAAAUUUCGAAAGUAAAGUCUUGUGGUAUACUGAUACCAUAGACAAUGAUUAUAUUUAUGAUUUUGUUCCAAAGAAAAAAGGAUUAUUCGUUGCCUGUGGUGGUUCUGGCCAUGCCUUCAAGAUGCUUCCAGUUCUUGGUCAAUUCUUGGUCGACAAGAUUGAAGGACGUGAGAACCUCUAUACUGAUUUGUUCAAAUGGAGAUACUCUAAAGACUUUGAAAAGGAUCCUAAUGGUCUAAGAGAAGGUCUAAAUGGUAACAGAAGAUAUGACAUCCAGGAAAUCUCAGGCCCUGAAGAUUAUAAAAUUGGUCCAUUGAAGGCAAAAUUAUAG